AUGGAAGUAUAUGUUGACGACAUGCUAGUCAAAAGUAUAAAGGCCAAGGACCACUGUCAACACCUAACUGAAAUGUUUGAUAUACUGAAGAAGUAUGGAAUGAAGUUGAACCCGAGAAAAUGUGCUUUCGGGGUUUGUUCAGGAAGAUUCCUAUGUUAUAUCGUAAACAACAGAGAAAUUGAGGAAAACCAUGAAAAAAUACAAGCUAUCAUCCAAAUGAAACCCCCAACUAAACCCGGAGAAGUACAAAGUUUAACUGGAAGGGUUGCGGCCCUCAGUCGACCUCCGGUGCUUUCAAAACCUAAGGCAGGCGAGGCCUUGAAGAUCUAUUUAUCUGUUUCAAAGCACGCCAUUAGCGCCGUUCUAACCCAAGAAGAAAAUGACAUUCAACAUCCGAUUUAUUACGUAAGCAAAGCACUUCAUGAAGCCGAGCUUAGAUAUUCGGCUGUAGAAAAACUGGCAUUCACCCUGCUGAUGGCAGCGCGAAAACUGAGGCCAUAUUUCUUGGAACACCCCAUUGAGGUCCUGACCAACUCUCCAUUGAGACAAAUGCUACAAAGGCCCGAUACCUCUGGACGGAUGGUAAAAUGGGUAGUAGAGCUCGAAAAAUUCGAUAUCAAAUAUACACCUCGUUCCUCCAUAAAGGGCCAGACACUCACCGACUGUGUCUCUAAGUUCUGCAACGUCCCAACUGAAGAACAACAUAAAGAAACCCCUUGGAAACUUUAUGUCGACGGUUCAUCCACCAGAGAACGAUCUGGAGCCGACGUCGUAUUAAUCAACCCUGAUCACCGCAUGUUCUGCGAAACCUUGCCAUUCGACUUCAAAGCCUCAAAUAAUGAGGUUGAGUACGAAGCUCUUAUUGCUGGAGCAAGGAUGGCCUCGGGAUUAGGGAUCUCCGACCUAAUCCUGCACAGCGACUCCCAACUAGUCGUGAAUCAGGUCAACGGUGUAUAUAUGGCGAAAGAAGACAGGAUGGACAACUGCCUACGUGUUGUAAAAAAAGAACUCGAAAGGUUCAAAACCACCCAAGUCAAACAAAUUCCCCGAUCUCACAACAAUCAUGCCGAUGCAUUGGCUCGUCUAGCCACCAGUGAGGAAAUCGAGGAAUUCGAUAGCAUUCCCGUAGGAAGGAUGUCCCUACCGUCUACCGAGCUGGAUAAAGUGGCUAGAAAGCUCCGAACAAGGUCGGCUAGGUACACUCUCAUUGAUAAUAUACUAUACAAACGGGGAUAUUCCACGCCCUUGUUAAGAUGCUUGAAUGAAGAGGAAGCUCAGUACGCCCUGCAAGACAUUCACGAAGGAAUAUGUGAAAAUCAUUCCGGCGGACUCUCACUGGCCCACAAGAUCGUACGACAAGGAUAUUUUUGGCCUGCAAUAAAAGAAGAUUCCCUUGAAUUUGUCAAAAGAUGCGAUAAGUGCCAACGCCUCGCCCCCAUCAUAAACACUCCACCGCACGAACUAAACCCAGUGACAGUACCUUAG